AGUUGUUCCCCUUUGUUCAAGGUAUGCUGAAGAAACCGAAAGAAGAUAUUUAUCAAGGGUUUUAGCGUAUUAUCACAUAAAACAUGUCCUAAAUGGCUAUGCCACCAGAUCACACUAACAUCAGUAUGUCUACUUCUCUCCCUUCUACCGAGAAGACAGAGGAAGUAAGACCUGUUCAAAUGUCCAUUGAUUCCCCGGAAAAAAUGUCCACGGAGGAUAAUGAUGGAAGUGGUAGUAACACAUUCAAGUCAUUCUUGGAAAUGGAAGAAGGCCCUGAUAUCAUGUAUGGCCCUAAAGAAAAUCCUGAAAGAACAAACAGUCCAAUUGUUAUGUAUGGUCCAAUGAACAAUGCAAGUGGUGAGGACUAUACAAGUGAGCGUUUCAGUAAAGAUCUAAAAGAUUCAACAGCAUGUGCUGGUCAAUGUGGGCUAUACAAUCUUGGCAAUACUUGUUUUAUGAAUGCUGGACUUCAGAGUUUAAUGGCUACACCACCUGUUAUCAGAUACUUUCUACAACACCAUUCGGAAGCUGUUGGGAGUCACAACUUGGCAGAACAGUUCUCUGUAUUUGUAACCAAAUUUUGGAGUGGAAACUUUUCUAUUCUUUAUCCGAAAGAUCUAAAAACAGCUUUAGGACAUAUACAUGGACAGUUUAAAGACUACAGACAGCAUGAUUGUCAGGAAUUUUUAGCUUUGCUUCUGGAUACGCUCAAUGAUCAGACUAAGGUUGGACCAAAUACCCCUUUCUUUAUCACUCACAAUGAUCUCAAUAACUCUCAAACACAAGCAGCAUCUGCUCUUGAUCAGCAUACAUUAGAACAACAACAAGUUUCUGUAUCCAUGGAAACAACUUCAAAUAAUGCUCAGUCUCAAAGCGAAGAGGAUGAGAUGUUUCCAAUGCCUCUGACUCAAUUGAAGGUUUCAACAGAUGGAGAACUUUUGGAAGAUUUACAUUUGAAUAAUACAUCCAUUUUUAAGAAAAAAAUGCCAUCAAUUGAAAAGUUUUAUGCCAAAGAGACUAAAACUUUAAACACAAAUGUUCUUAUAUCAGAGUCCCCAGAGGAAUCAUUAAAUUUCGACUCCUCUAAGUAUGCUAAGGCUGAAAAUUGUCCUGUUGUUCACAAUGACAUUGGUGUAAGUCAUGUAGUCAAUGAACCAAUGGUAGUUAUGGAUUUGAAAAGGUGUCGAGUCAGCCCAAAGGGAGUCAAAGAUAUCAAUAUCUAUGCUGACAUGUGCAAUAAGAAUGUAAAUAUGUACUGUGAUGCAUAUGAAGAAAAUGAAAAAGUGAAAAGAUCCAAAUUUGACACUUUUGAAAAGAAUUUUCAGCAUCAAGCUUUCAGUAAGCUGAACUGCUUACCAGAAAGACCUGAUGAAACAGAUUGUCUUUCAGGGAAAGGCACAAAAGAUAAAAAAAUGAAUGAAAAACAUCAUAUUGUUACUAUGGAUUCCAGCAAUCAAUCAAUGGCAAAUCAAGAUGUCAUUUCAGAAAAGGUGAACAUUCACCUACAGUUCAAGGACAACAAUGAACAAAGGCAGGAUAUGUGUUUAGGAGGGGCAGUCAAUGAUGCUGAGAUUGAUCAGGAUACGGAUUCUGUUGAUGCUAUAGAACAAGAUGAAGAUGAGGAUGUUGAUACAGAGCAAGAUCCCUCAGAAAAAGUAAACAUGGAGGAAGAUCUUGAAGAUGGGGAAUGGGACAAUGAUAAAUUAAUGAGAUUAGCUGACAAACGUUGGAUGGACCAUAUCAUGGAUAAUCAGAGUGUGAUAGUCAAAACAUUCCAUGGACAGUAUCAGUCAUCUGUGACAUGUGGUGAAUGCAGUCAUGUAUCAGUGACCUUUGAACCGUUUAUGUACCUGUCUGUUCCUCUUCCAAGAGCGAAUGAAAGGCAACUUUGUGUUAUGUAUUUAUCAGUAGACAACACUCCCACACAAUAUCUCAUGACAAUGGAUAAGAGGGAUCGCAUCAGUAAAGUUAAAGACAUUCUACGUCAUAUGACUAAAACAGACAACAAUAUCAUUAUGGCUGAAGUUUUAGAUCAUCAUGUGGCUAGAAUUGUUGAUGAUACAACUAUGUUAAGAUACAUUAACAGCUCAUCAAGGAAGUUAUAUGCUUUUGAGAUUACCCCUUUUGCAGCAAUGUUAGGAAGUGGGAUAGAAACACAAGACUCUUCUGUAACCUCUAUGACCUCUGCAGCAAAUAAAGAAAAUGACAUUUUCAGUCAAGUUGGAACUUUCACUGCAUCAAAUAUGUACAGAGAUUUUGGAAGCAGUUCAUUUGCUUCAGGAACAGCUUGUAAAGUGAAUGAUAAUUUUGUGGAAUCUGUCGUUAGUCCUGAUGUCGUGAUAGAGAAUGGUUGGGGAACUGACUCCACACUUCAAUAUUCAUGGCCUAAAGAAAAUACAAAAAUAUCUAUUGACUCUAAAGAAUCUGAAGUGAUUAAUGGCACAACUGACUUUACAAUUGGACAGUGGUCACUUCAGGAGGGUAGCACACCUUUAGCAGUGGAUGAGGUAUCAGAUGUCCAGUGGUCAUCUGUCACUACCUUAGAAGAUGAUGACAAGCAGUUGACGGCAGAUCAAAACAAAGUCAGUCCAGAUUUGUCUAAAGACAGAGUUGUAACUGUAGACCAGUGGAAAUCGUGCUCAAUAUGUCUAGAAGAAUUGGCUGAUUCUGAGUUACUAGUUCACAAAACAUGCGGAGCUACAUUUUGUCACAGCUGUCUUGAGAUGUCUUUACUACAUUAUGGUCAAGAGAAUUUUCUGUGUCCUGUGUGUUCAUGUGCUGCAGUCAUGACAGAAGACUUUACUCAGUUGGCUGAUUCAGAUAAAAACAAUGAGGAAAGGAUGUUACUGGUGGAUGUGACUUUCUGUCAAACAGUACAAGAACAAAGGAAUUUACUGGGUCACCCACGUGUAUUAUAUCUAUCUAGUCAGAUGUUUGGAGCUCAGCUGUAUGAGUGUAUUGAACAAAUUGUUCCUGAUGCUUGUCAGUUCAAUUUGUUGACAACAGAUGCACAGGGAAGUAGAUGUUCUAGAUGUGUAUACACAGCUAAAUGUACAGGAUGUAUGUUACCACGUGAUGGACAGGUCUCAUUACGUCCUGGAGAUACACUUUGUGUUUGCCUCGAUGAUGUUCAGUUAUCUGUGAUAGAAAGAAUGGAAUCGUCUGUAGAUCAUCCAUCCAUGAUGGAUCUUAGACCCACUCUGCCAUUGUCCAUUUAUGAUUGUAUUCAAGCUUUCACUGAAAGUGAGACGUUAGAUAAGCAUAAUCCUUGGUUUUGUCCACGUUGUCAACAGAAUCAAUGUGCUAGUAAGAGUAUGACGGUAUGGAGAUAUCCUGAUGUACUUAUUAUACAUUUAAAAAGAUUUGUGUACCAUGAGAUGGUAAGCGUUAAAGUGGAUAGUGAAGUAGACUUUCCUUUGGAAGGUCUUUGUCUUCCUCGACAUAUAUCGGGACCAGUCACUUGUGAUCUCACUUAUGAUUUAAACAGUAUUGUCUGUCAUUUUGGAGAUUUAAACUCAGGACACUAUACUUGUUUUACAAAACAUUCAAUAGAUAAUACAUGGUAUUAUUAUAAUGAUGAGAAUGUCACUCAACAAUCUCCUAAACAGCAAGAUUUCAAAAAUGCUUAUAUCUUAAUGUAUCAUAGACGAGGAGCAAAUUUUUCUAUGCCAGAUCUACCUCCUUACAACAAAACAGAACAAGAUUAAAGAGCUGUGAUAUUUACUGAUAGUUAAUUAGAAAUGGUUUUUCCUAUGUCCCUUUUUGGCCAGUCCAGUUUAACAACAAUAACUGUCCUUGCCAAACUAAGAUUAUUUUUAUAAUAAAUGUAUAUGAUGUACAUUAUACUGAUCUGAGAUAUUAUUGCUUUUCAGUUGUCCCCUGUGGACAAAUGUGUAUGUAGAUAACUUCAUAACAGUACUUUAAUUUAUUCUAAUGCAAUAUGAAAUGCAAAUAAAAUUUCACAGUUGAAGGUCAGAGUUAUUGGCCUCAGUGUUGCUCAUGAAAGUCCACAUUUUUAAAUUAAUUCAAAUGUUUUACUAGGAAUAACAGCCCGGUGUUUAUAGAGUUGCCAAUUAGAGAUUUGGUAAUGGGAACUUAUAAAACACUGAACUGUUAUUCCUUAACAGUCAGCCAUUUAUGAAAUAAAAGUACAGGACAUUUUACUGUUUUUUCAAGGUUUGUCAGUGUUCUUUUCUAAAAGUAUCUGUUUACUAAUAUUUCUAUGAACUUGGCUUUUUCAAAACAUUACAAAAAAUUUCAAAUCAAACUUUUAAGAAGUCCCAACAACACAUACUUGUUACCAUGAACAUCAAUUCACAUACUAUUGAUUUACCUGUUGUUUUGUUUUUGCCAAUAAGACCUCAGGUAGAAGAGAAUUGUUUCUGUUGUCAUUUUUGCCUUAUGAACAAUGUCAGUUUUGUGAUCCUACUUUAUUCAGAUUGUACUUAAAUAUGUGUUGUUUACAACGACAAAGAUCACAAAACUUUUUUAUAUGGUUUUCUAUUGUGCUUUGUCAGAAGCUUUAGUUUGAAUAAAUAAUCUUUCAAGAUUAUAUCAACUGUAAAUUUUGGAUGUUUUUGUCUCCAAUGUGUGAAUGAUAUUGUAUACCACUGUCAUUUAUAGUCUUUCACAUUGUUUACCAUUUAUUUCUGUGAUGCUGAUAACUUUUACAACAACUAAACGGUAUGCUCCUAUUCAAUAAAGUGUAAUUUGUUGAUUCAGUGACAAAGUCGAGAUUUAGAAAAGGAAUAAGGCCUUCAAUAUUAAUGGCUAGAAUGAUGAUUAUCAGUUAUUUUUUGUCAGCUUUGAAUAUUUUGCCAAAAAGUAAGUAUAUCCUCGAAACAUCUGAAGAUACAAUCUAACCAUUCUGAUUAUCAUUAAUUUUCAUGGAAUAACCAUUAUCAGAGCUGAAAGUCACUACUUUAUUUUUGGUAAGAGGUAGACAUUUUAAUUGGGAACUUAACUUGAAGAAUGUUACAGUUAUUGUAAAAAGUGAAUUAAAAAAUGAUAUAGCAUCAUGAUAUGUUAACAUAGCUUCUAUUCAACAUUGACAUAACCAACUCUUUUGUUGUCAGUGGAUACUGAAAAAAAUUGCAGUAAAAUGUUUGUACUUUCCUGAAAAUCUAUGUUUACUUGCACGAAUAAAGCAUGAUUUAAUGCUAGACUGUAUUUUAUAUUGCACUGAAUAUUUAAUUCUGGUAAAUAUUUACGCUCUGAAGUAAAAAUGCAUGUUUUCAAUUUGUUUUGAUAUUGUAAAAUUGUGAAACUUUUAAUAGGAAAAAGAAAUAAUCAUUCAAAACUGUAACAUUCUAUCAUUAUAUUGUGCUUGAAAGGUGUAUUUAUUUACAGCGUGAAACAUAACUUCUGUCAAAUUCAGACUUAAAUGAAUGCAGUACUUUUUGUGAAUCUUUGAUAAUGAAAAAUGAUGGGAGACAAUGUAAUACCAUUCUUGGGCAUGUUGGAAGAAGAAAAAUUAAUAUGCAAGCUUUAUUUAUUGCUUUGUUCAAACAGUUACAAUUGUCGCAUUAAUAAAAACAAUGUAAUAAUAUCUAAAGUUACAGUCAAUAUUUAUUUUAUUUUAUUUUAUUUUUAAAGUUAUGUACAAAUUUUUUUGUGAAUAUUACACAAAAUCAUGUUUUUCUCCUGUGUUCAUGAUGCUGUUCAGGAUUAUUUCUAGAGGUACAAUGGCUGAUACUAGAGUUAUAUCAAAAACUUGAGAACAAGAACAAAAGCUUUUUCAAUUGAUAAUAAAAAUAUAGUUCUUAGAAAAUUUUAUUUCAAGAUUAGACAUUAAAAAUUUUCUAGGUUAGUGACUUAAAAGGUAGAAUUUGUAUUGCAGGUAUGUUUAUGUUUUCUGCUCUGUGUAUCCCUUUGUCUGAUUAUCCAGCCAAUAUCAGGUUAAAGGUUUUGGUCAAUGAAGUUUACUAUGAAGUUACGGUCAGAUCAAUUUUAAACUUAAUUGAAAAGUUCAUUAUGAUGUGAACUUUAACAAACAAAAAUUCCAAAUUAGGGUUUUGAGUCUUUUGACGCAGUUUGCUGAACAUGAAAUUGAGGAAAUGUUACUUACGCAUGUUGUCCUAUGGACACAUAUUCCUUUUUGAUGCUGUAAUAGUGUGAAAAUUUGAAAAGUCCUUAGUUGUUUGAAUAUGUUAUCAUGGAUUUGGGAGAAAUUAAUCAGUUUCAUAUACUAAUAAUACAAUCAUUUUUGUACUAGACUAAUAUUAUAAUGGUAAUGAAUUUACUUAUGAGCUUCAAAUCAUAGUUUAUUGUCUAAAUAUAGUCUUUCAGAAUUAAACAUUAUGUAAA